CAACAAGAAACUCUUGUUUCGCAGCAAAGCAGCAGGCUCGAUCCCAUGUUUUAGCCGUUAACCACAAUCAAUCCUCGGAUGAUUGUGUCUGAAUCGGAGUUUAAUCCACGCACUCGCAAGUGAAGCCCAAAAGUUGAAAUCUUGGGUAUACCCAUUUGCAGAUGGAGUCCCCUCCUCCACCUCCACCUCCUCCUCCUCCUCCGCCGCCGCCAACGCCGGCGGCGGCUGUGGCGGCGGCGGCGGCUGACGUGCCUUCUCCGACGGGAUCGCAAGCAUCUCGUUACAAGCCCGUUUGGCGCCUUCUCUUGAUUUCAAACUUCGUCCUCGGUGCUUAUAUCUUCUCACGAGCCGGGAAAAGGGACAAGAUUAAAACUGCUGACCGUAGGGUAGAAGAGAGUAAAGCGGAAAAAGAAGUGUCUGCUUCUCCACCAAUAAAUAUGGAUGUUUAUGCAGAGGAAUCCCUCCUUCAGUCCUUGGGCAGGGAGCCUGUGAAAAUUCUUCAGCCCAUUCCUGAAGAAGAAAAACGGGAGCUAUACAAAUGGAUUCUAGAAGAGAAAAGGAAAGUGAAACCCAAGAGCCGUGAAGAGAAAAAGCAAAUUGACGAGGAAAAGGCCAUCCUUAAACAGUUCAUUCGUGCAGAAUCUAUUCCGGAUUUAUAGCUAAUUGUUCCCAUUCCUCCUCAAUAGAUGGUUAGUUAACAUUUUUUACUUACAAGAGCUGCUUUCAGGAUAUGCACAUUUUUGUAGAUCGAUAACUAAUGAUCUACUGGUCGGCCGAGGCUUUUCUGCUAUGCUCGAGCUGCAUGACCAGCACUUCCCUUGAAUGGGCGGGUUUUGCAGCUGUAGCUGGAAAAAGUAAUAAUUCUAUUGAGCUCUGGGAGAAACUGACAUCACAUUUUUGUGGUUUCUUGGCAUGCAAGAUGCAAAAUACCCAAGCCUUUAAUAUCGGCGGCUUCGGUCAUGUGAGGGCUGUACACAGUGCACGGGAGCUGAUAUAGAGUCACCAGAAGCUCCUCCAAGAGAAACCUUACAACUAUUAGAGCAUUAUUUCUUUGACCACUAAUCAACUCACACGUGAGCGUUGCUAGUGAGGUUGAAAUUUUAUCUCCUCACAAUUGUUUCA